GAGCCUGCUCAGCCAGGGCCUGUUCAGCGGGACGAUUUAGGUGCCCCCUGGCGGUCCCCCAGCCAGCGUAAUCUUGUUGCUCUGAUCGACUUGGCCGCAGGCCGACAGCACGACCCUGAGGAGCCCUGCUAUCGAACGCGAGUUGCUGCCCUCACGGCCACCUGUCCCAGUCAGCUGCGUCAUCACCCUGAUCACCCCAGGCAGGCUGCCUCUACCGGUGCCACGAGUACCCUCUUUGAGCUCAAUAAUUCCCUAGCGGUCGUUCAGGGCUGCAGUUUGACGCAUUUCACUGACCCACAGGGCGGUUACAGCAUACAUCUUGGCUCGUCUAAACCGGGGGUGAUGAGUCUCACUGACGCCUGUCGUCGAAGGCUAAGCACCAGCCUGAACUACGGCCGUUACCCGGUGUACCCCUGGGUGAAACUUCCACAGUCAGUGCAGUACACGAUCUGCACUCGUAUUCUCCCCACCGCCUUGCCUUCCUUUGUACUCGUCACUGAAGACGGUGGUCAGGAUACCUCAGGCUCCAGUUGGCGUCGCGUCCUGCUCUCAUCCACCCCAGAAAUCCCCGAAGAAAUCUCCGCAGACCAUGCAAGGAUUGUUGUCUCACCUAACUCACCUAUUGAAAAGGUUUUACAUAGUUCUUACUGCCGGCUUUUGUUCCAAAGCAGCUCCGCUGAUCGACCUCGCCUGUUAGCCGUCUCUGCCAACCAGCUCGUAAUGGCCAUGAACGCACAAACCCGGCUCACCUUCAAGUCACCCUCGACUGUCGAGAUAUCCAUUUGUUUGCCGGAGUCGGAGGAUUCUACACUUUUGCUAAAUUCCGCUGAAGACAUACAGCCAGCUCACUCCUGGGAACCCUUUCUCUGGCAGUGUGGUCUCUGCGUUGCACAGUUUACAAUUUGUGAGUUUAAACACUUCUUCGCUUCACACAGCACUGCAUUCCGUCUUUACACUUCAGCCGAUGAACACUCAAUGGAACUUGUUGCUGCCCACUUGCGUCUCCACUUGGAACUCCGCUUUUGCUUGAAAUGCAAUACGGUCCUGCCGAACAGUGCUCUCGCCGUGGAUGCUCCUGAUGCCAAACCGCACCGCUGUAAAGACCUUGUCACACCGAUAGAUAUUACCAUGCGUCACCAGCCACACGACCAGGAAUCCAUUCUGUUCGAACGACAACAGGAGCCCGAAGAGUCUACCCAAAAUCCUUGGAGGCGUUACUGCCAGGUAUGCCUACCUCAUUCAUACGCACCCUUUGCAUCGUCUAUCCAUCUAAUAUAUUCGGAUAUUCUUAUUUCCAUAAAGAUUUGCCGACGAGGUUUCAGCAGUCCGGCCCAGUACUCGCAACACUUAAAAAACGUACACAAGGACAAGCGGUUCCUUUGUCCUGACUGUGGUACGUCGAAUAAACCCAAAGUGACCUGUUUAAUGUUUUUUUUGCAUCAUGAUGGGCGAUUAGUGUUCCUCCACCCCCAUUGCUUUUGUGCUCAAUUCUCAAUAAGUGAUAAGCUGAUAGAGUACUAG